AUGAAGAUUUCUGAUAAAUUAAAUCAAGCUCACUCGAGUACCAGACCACCACCAGCUACAUUUUCAUUCGAAUUCUUUGUCCCUAAAACUUCCCAAGGGGUUCAAAAUUUAUAUGAUAGAAUGGAUAGAAUGUAUGAUUUGAAUCCUAUAUUCAUUGAUAUCACCUGGAAUGCUGGUGGUAGAUCAUCUAGUUUAACUAAUGAAAUGGUAUAUACUGCACAAUCAACGUUGGGAUUAGAAACUUGUAUGCAUUUAACAUGUACAAAUAUGAAAGUUGAAUUAAUUGAUGAAGCAUUAAAGAAAGCUUAUAAAUCUGGUUGUCAAAAUAUAUUAGCAUUAAGAGGUGAUCCACCAUUAGAUGGUUCUGAAUCAACAGGAGAUUUUAAAUAUGCAAUUGAUUUAAUUAAGUAUAUUAGGAAAAAUUAUGGUAAUCAUUUUAAUAUUGGUGUUGCUGCUUAUCCUGAAGGUCAUCCAGAAGAAGAAGAUGCUACUAAAACAUUACAAUAUUUAAAAGAAAAAUGUGAUUCUGGUGCUGAUUUUAUUAUAACUCAAAUGUUUUAUGAUGUUGAUAAUUUUAUAUCAUGGUGUGAAAAAUUAAGGAAAAUUGGAAUUGAUAUACCUAUAAUUCCUGGUAUUAUGCCAAUUUCAACUUAUGCUGCAUUUAUAAGAAGAGCAAAUUGGAGUGAAAUUAAAAUACCACAACAUUUUUUGGAUGCUUUAGAACCUAUAAAAGAAGAUGAUUUCUUAGUUAGAGACAAAGGAACAGAUUUGGUUUCUGAAAUGUGUCUAAAAUUGAUUAAUUCAGGUUAUGUUAAUCAUUUACAUUUUUAUACUAUGAAUUUAGAAAAAGCAACAGUUAUGUGUCUUGAAAAAUUGAAUUUAGUUGAAGCUAUUAAAUCUCAUGAAAUCGUUGGUACUACUGAAUUACCAUGGAGAAAAUCAUUACAUCCAGAAAGGUCAAAAGAAUCAAUAAGACCAAUUUUCUGGCAAAAUAGAAAAUAUUCGUAUAUUUCAAGAACUGCUACUUGGGAUGAAUUUCCAAAUGGUAGAUGGGGUGAUUCAAGAUCUCCGGCUUUUGGCGAUAUUGAUUUAUGUGCUUCUGAAUUAUUAAGACAAUCACCAAAAAGAGCAUUUGAAUUAUGGGGAACACCUCAAACAUUAAAAGAAUUGAGUGAAAUUAUUAUCAGUUAUCUUAGAGGUAAUUUAAAAUCGUUACCUUGGUCUGAUGGCGCAGUUGGAGAUGAUACUAGAGUCAUUGUGGAUAAUUUAAUUGAAUUAAAUCGACAUGGAUUUUUCACAAUGAAUUCACAACCUGCUUUAAAUGCAAUUAAAUCACUGGAUAAAACAUUCGGAUGGGGACCUAAAAAUGGAUAUGUUUAUCAAAAACAAUACCUUGAAUUUUUCUGUCACAAAGAUUAUAUUUGUAAUUUAUUAAAUAAAAUUGAUGCUUUUAAUUCAAAACAAGGUGAUAGUACUUCAGCAAUAAUUUCAUAUUAUGUAGUUGAUAAAGAUGGAAAUUUAUCAUCAAAUUGUCAAGAUGAAGAUAUAAAUGCAGUUACUUGGGGAGUAUUUCCAGGUGAAGAAAUUUUACAACCUACAAUUGUUGAAAAAACUUCAUUUUUAGCAUGGAAAGAUGAAGUUUAUAGAUUGUUUUCAGAGUGGUCAAAAGUUAUAAAUAGUCAUUUAGUAGAAGCAGAUGAAGAAAAAGUUAAAGGAUUUACUUCAUUAAUGUCAACAUUUUCAAAUGAUUAUAUUUUAUGUAAUUUAGUCAAUAAUGAUUUUAUUGAUAAUAAUUAUACAUUAUUCAAUAUUAUUAGAGAUUUAAAUGUUAAAGAAUUAGUUUAA